CCUUCACUGCCUUCUGAGGCAGAGAAUUCCACAGAUUCACAACUUUCUGGGUGAAAAAGUUUUCCCUCAUCUCCGUUCUAAAUGGUUUACCCCUUAUUCUUAAACUGCGUACCCUGGUUCUGGACUCCCCCAACAUCGGGAAUAUGUUUCCUGUCUCUAGCGUGUCCCAGUAACUCAGGGGGUCGGGCAGCAUAAAGAAUCAGACAGAAGAAAGGUGUAGGAAAGAAUUGCAGAUGCUGGUUUAAAUCGAAGGUAGACACAAGGUAGAAGGUCUGAAGAAGGGUCUCGACCCGCAACGUCACCCAUUCCUUCUCUCCACAGAUGCUGCCUGUCCCGCUGAAUUACUCCAGCUUUUGUGUCUGUCUCGAGUAUAAUGAAUGCCGGAUGCACAGUACAAAGUUAGAUUAUUCCUUACCAAACGCAUACUUCUUUGAGUAACUCCAAACCGUCAACAGAAAUGGUUGUGGGCACGGCAAGUGAAAUUAAUCCUUAUCUUAGUUAAGACGGAGAUAACGAGGAACUGCAGGCGCUUGAAUCUUGAGUAAAACAUGAAGUGCCUGGAGGAACUCAGUGGGUCAGGCAGCGUCUGGGGAGGGAGAUAGACAGGCGUUUCAGGUCGGGGCCCUUCUUUAGACUGAUUGGUGUAGGGAUGAGAUCAAUUAAGACCGGGUUUAAAACAAUGUUGCAUCGUACUCCUGAGAACUCAUGAAUGGAGUUCCAGCCAACGGAAGCAGGGUUUACAUCACCCAAAUGAAAACGCGGAGAAAUACUUAGAAACUGUUGAAAACACUAACAAAUUAAAGGUUCAGAUUGAUGACCUGUUGUUACUCUAUCAGACCGUGCUAUAGGAUAUUGAGUCCCGUCCUAAGCACGAAGUCAAUGCUUCUUGCUACUAAGUGUUCCGCUUUGGUCCUGACUAAUGAUCGUAAAGGCGCACUCUUUCUCCGUCUUAACUCUGUUCUCUGUCCACAGAUGUCUUUGCCGCUCCCUGCAACGCACUGAUUCCACCAUGCCCAUCAUUUCCCGAGGCAGCGACAACUACAGUAACCUGAGCGACUCGUCGUGUAGUACCUUGAAUCAGAUUGCUCCCUUAAUACACGUUGAGACUUGCCCUGCCAAAGGGGCUUUCUAUCGACGGUCCGCAAGGGUCCGCCGUGCAAGUCAAGCGAGCUCCACCGAUCAGAAGCGGCACAUCAUCCUCAACGUGGGGGGCACCAAGUACUUGGUGCCUUGGCUAACUUUGGAUGAGUUCCCACUGACCAGACUCGGGAGAUUAAAGUUUUGCCGCAACUAUGAAGAAGUCGUGCAGAUCUGCGACGAUUACGACGAGGCGUCCAACGAGUAUUUCUUCGACCGGAACCCGUGCGCUUUUCGCAUGAUCAUCACUUUCAUAUCUGCUGGGAAGCUGCGGCUUCUGAGGGAGAUGUGCGCCCUUUCCUUCCAAGAAGAGCUGGCGUACUGGGGCGUGGAUGAGGCCAACCUUGAGGCAUGUUGCCGCAGGAAGCUCAUUCAGAGAGCCCGAGAGGUGGCCAAGAUCAGGCGAGGAGAGACAGUGGAGGUGGAGAAUGAUGAGACCAAUGUCCUCCCGGUCGCCCACAGCAAGUUGAGUCAUUUCAUGAACAAACUCCGAGAUAUGGUGGAGAAUCCUCAGUCUGGACUUCCUGGCAAAGUGUUUGCCUGCGUCUCCAUUAUAUUUGUCACUAUAACGGUAGUUAGUCUUUGCAUUAGUACAAUGCCAGAUUUAAAGUCGGAAGAAGACCGGGAUAAAUGUUCCCAGAGGUGCUAUAACAUGUUUAUAAUAGAAACCAUCUGCGUAGCCUGGUUUUCCCUGGAGUUUGUGUUACGUUUUAUUCAGGCUCGAAGCAAGUGGCAGUUUCUGCGGGGCCCCUUGAACAUCAUCGACAUAUUGGCAAUUCUUCCGUAUUACGUGUCGCUCCUGGUCGACAAAGGACCUGGAGACGGUUACAAAUCUUCAGGAAGCAACAUCUAUUUGGAAAAACUGGGGCUGGUGCUGCGAAUAUUGCGGGCCUUGAGGAUUUUGUACGUCAUGCGCCUGGCCAGGCAUUCCUUGGGACUUCAGACGUUGGGCCUUACCGUUCGGCGCAGCAUCCGUGAGUUUGGACUCCUCCUUCUCUUCCUCUGCGUGUCCGUCACGCUGUUUGCGCCUCUCGUGUACCUUGCGGAGAAUAAGGUGGAGAAAGGAGGAGGCUUCAGCAGCAUCCCGGCCUCCUAUUGGUGGGCCAUCAUUUCCAUGACGACGGUCGGAUACGGUGACAUGGUGCCUCAGAGUAUACCGGGUCGGGUAGUGGCUCUGAGCAGCAUCCUCAGCGGGAUCCUCAUAAUGGCGUUUCCCGCAACCUCUAUUUUCCAUGCCUUUUCCUUUGCGUAUUUGGAACUAAAACAAGAGCAGGAGAGAGCCCAGGCUCGGCUGAAAUGCAUCCAAAAGGCAGAAAAGCAUUCCGAGAAUGAAGGAUUAAAUGACACGAGCAAUUGUGUUUCUGGAGACCCCGAUUGUUCCAGUGAACUUAGUGACAAAGAGAAAAAAUCUUUCAAUUACUUGUAAUUUUAAGGAUUGAUCCAAUAUUGCUUCUUACUUGUACCGAAUUACAUGAAUAUACAGCACUACGUGGCCAUUUGCCCAGGUAACCCGUGAUGGUGGUUUAUACUCCAUACAAAUCUACUCCCAUUCCAUCUACCUCAUCUCAGAUGUUCACAAUAUAUUUCUAUUCCCUCUCUCUAUCUCGUUUCAUUCUGAAUGCAUCCAAGAUCUCUGUCUUAAACGCUCCCAAAAACAGUGCAUUCCACUUGCCAACCUUUUCCUCAAAUAAAAAGACACCUAUUCUUAUUUUCCUUUUGGAAUUAUUAAUUACUAUCGUGCACUUAUGGCCCCUGGUUAAAGAUAGAUCAGCCAUGAUUGAAUAACGGCGUAGACCUGAUGGGCCAAAUGGCCUAAUUCUGCACCUUACUUAGAGCAUGAAUUUAUGAAUUUAUGGUAUUGGAUUCUUCAACGGGAAGUAUUGGGGGUAAAUAUUAACCCUCAUCUUUGGACGGGUCGUGAUUGGCUGAGAACUUGAAAUUAGACAAAAACCGGAAUCCGAUUUGCAUAAAAUCUGCUCCCUUCCUAUUAAAUUAAACGGCUGAAGGAGCGGCCAACCAGUCCUCACCUUGGAAGAGGGUCACGGGAUAAAGCCCCGAAAGGAAAUACAGUGCUUCCAUUUUAAAACAAAUUCCUUUUACGGUACCUCGUGAUAGCAGAAUUUCUAGGCUUUGAGAAAUCCAGCAAGUAACAAAAGGGCCAGUCCAACAGGUCAGUGCCUAAUGGAUCCAAAGAAGAACCAUAUGGGUCUACAUCCAACAAGAUUAAUCUGAUAAUUUCUGCAAUAUAUUCUAUGAUUGUUUAUUAUUUGCUUGAACCCCAUCUUGAGAACUACCUGUACUCUACCUGAGUGCUGCCCAUCCCACUAACAGCAAGUUCCUCUAAAUUUACAGGUCUGCCACCAAAAAUGAUUACUCUUGUGACCAACAUCUUCAAACCUCUGAGAUCCCACACAAGACGUGUGCAGUGAUCGCUCCCCCCUUGCCAUUUUCUGCAGCCCCAUCACCCUGUAACUACCACCUCCAUCCUUGACUCUUGCCUUCCACCUUGUAUCAUCUCUAGCCCCAAGGACAAUGUCUUUCUUCCUCACCGUUAGCUCCCUGAGGGAUCUCUCUCCAGCAAUACUCCCUUCUUCAUAACCUGGUCCUCUACUGAAUGUUGAAUGCUCCUCCAGGCAACGAGCAGCUAACAUAUAAACUUAGCUGGUUGCCAGCUACAAAACCUGAAGAAAUUAUUUGAAUAUUGAUUUCUCUAACGUCAAAUAACCCUUAAAUCCCUGUCCCACUUUCCUG